AUGGGCUCUCUUUCAUCUUCAUCCACCCAAGCACAAUCAUCAGCCAUGCCCUCCGCAACACAAGACAUCUCCGGCCCGGUCAGCGAGGCCUGGUGGAAGGAGGCUUCUGUCUACCAAAUCUACCCUUCAUCCUUCAAGGACACAAAUGGAGAUGGCAUCGGUGACAUUCCUGGUGUGAUUGAGAAGCUAGACUACUUCAAGAACCUUGGUGUUGACAUCGUUUGGCUAUGUCCCGUUUAUCCGUCGCCUCAGGUUGACAUGGGUUACGAUGUAGCCGACUACUGCGAUAUUGACCCGCAGUAUGGGACCAUAGCCGACGUCGAGCGACUCAUAGAGGGUCUGCAUUCGAGAGGUCUGAAGCUACUGAUGGAUCUUGUGGUUAAUCACACCUCAGACAAGCACAAAUGGUUUCAAGAGUCCAAGUCAUCUAAAAACAGUCCUUACCGAGACUGGUAUAUCUGGCGAAAGCCUAGAUACGACGAGAACGGAGAGCGGCAGCCACCCAACAACUGGCUCUCCUAUUUCGGAGGAAGUGCAUGGGAAUACGACUCUGCCUCUGAUGAGUACUAUCUCCAUCUUUUCGCCAAAGAGCAGCCCGACCUCAACUGGGAGCAUGCUCCUGUACGCGAGGCUGUGCAUGCUAUCAUUCGUUUCUGGCUGGACAAAGGCGUCGAUGGAUUUCGAAUGGACGUGAUCAACUUCAUCAGCAAGCAAGACGGCCUCCCCGACGCCACCGUCAAGAUUCCUGGAGCCAAGUACCAGUGGGGCGAUGAGCAUUACGCCUGCGGUCCCCGACUACACGAGUAUCUUCAGGAUAUUGGCAAGAUCCUCAAAAAGUACAACGCCUUCUCCGUUGGAGAAAUGCCGGCAGUCCAAGACCCCAAGGAAGUCAUCAAAAGUGUUGGUGAAAGUCGUGGUGAGCUCAACAUGAUCUUUAACUUUGAGAUUGUUGAUAUGGAUCAUGGCAAGGGAGGAAAGUUCACACCACAUAAAUGGGAAAUGCAAGACCUGAAGGGGAUUGUCAACAAGUGGCAGACUUUCAUGUACAAGAACAAGGGUUGGAACGCCUUAUACCUCGAGAACCACGAUCAGGCAAGGACAGUUUCAAGAUGGGCUUCUGAUAAGCCCGCCUACCGAGCGCUAUCGGCCAAGAUGCUGUCUACGUUCCUAUGCUUUCAGAGCGGUACAGUAUUUGUAUACCAGGGACAGGAACUGGGCAUGGCCAACAUGCCGGCGGAUUGGGAGAUGACUGAACAUCGAGACCUGGAAACAUUGAACCACUGGGAGGAGUUGAAGCAGACAGCGGGCUCUGAUGCGGCAGUCCUUGAGAUCGCGCGCAAGGAAUACCAACUCAAAUCUCGCGAUCACGCGCGAACCCCAGUACAGUGGGACUCCUCACCGAAUGCCGGCUUCUCAACAGCAACACCAUGGAUCAGAGUGAAUGACGACUAUAAAGAGUGGAACGCCGCAGCUCAGGUAGCCAAGCCAGAUAGUGUGUUUGAGCAUUGGAAGUCUGCACUUGCGCUUCGAAAAGAACUGAAGGACAUCAUCGUCUACGGAGACUUUGAGCUUCUUGACGGAGAGAACGACGAUGUUUUUGCGUAUGCGCGGUCGAAUGGAGCACAGAAGGUCGUCGUUGUCUGUAACUUCCGAGACCGAGAGAUUUCUUGGUCUCCACCAGUCGAUUUACAUUCGGGCAAGGUUUUGCUGGCAAACAGGCCGGAAGUUGAUCUGUCACAGAAGACGCCUAAUCUCCGUCCCUUUGAGGCGUUUGUUUGUCAAUUGCAUUAG